AUCCUAGAGCUCAAACUGCAGGAUUAAUAAUCAACUGGCGAGCAAUCAAUUUGCUGUCGACAGGAUGUCCGACCCCAAGCCAGCGGUUGCACAGAAAAGUGGUAAAAUCGCAGCUGGAGCAGUUGUGUGUGUUGGGAGUGAAAUAAGAGGAGAUGUUACUAUUGGUGCUAGAACAGUGGUCCACCCCAAAGCUCGGAUCAUAGCAGAAGCAGGGCCCAUCAUUAUUGGGGAGAGGAAUCUGAUAGAGGAGCAGACCCUGAUUAUUAACAGCUUUCCUGAGAAUGUGCCAGCCGCAGAGAGAGCUGAGCCUGUAACAAUGAUCAUUGGGACCAACAAUGUGUUUGAAGUUGGAUGUGUGUCUCGGGCAUUGAAAAUGGGAGACAAUAAUGUGAUUGAGUCCAAGGCUGAUGUUGGGAGGAACAUGAUCCUGACCAGUGGCUGCAUCAUCAGCACAUUCUGCCAGGUGAACACGUGUGAAGCCGUACCGGAGAACACGGUUGUGUACGGCCCAGACUGCAGCAGGCGUGUGCAGAGCGAAAAGCCACAGUCGCAGACGCUACAGCUCGAUUUCCUCAUGAAGAUUCUUCCCAACUACCACCGCCUGAAGAAGACUGAGAAAGGAAGCAGCAUGCCUUUAAAAAACUAACAGAGCACAUGCAAAUGGAACAAAAUCUCCUUCAGCCUGACAGAUCUGCACUCUGGAUACUCGAACACACUUAUGCACCAGCUUUCUACUUAAAUGUCAUAAUCAUCGUUUUGCACAAAAAUGACAAUCCUCCUCUUCUGCACUUUUACUUUCAAACCAAUUUUAUGAUUUUCUGUAUUAAAAAGUUCUGCAUGCAAAUUUUACAUUUACAAUAAUCACAAUAUGCUUUAAAAUAAAUGCUUUUUAAAAAUCAAAGAUUUUUUCAUAAUUUAAUUAACAAAUUCUUCUUUUGAUGAUCUUUCAUUUCUAACCACAAGAGAGCAGUGUUGAGCAGCUGUCUGUAACUUCCUUGCUUUCUGCUCCAAAGCCUGUUUUAUCCAGCUCAAGCAGUGCUUAUUUUUAAUUCCACUAAAGAUGGACUUCAAAUGUGUUUUUGUGCUAAAGAUACUCCACUUUUUAAGUUCAGAUGUAAAAAUAGUCUCGAGAUGGCACGGAUUAGUAACAAAGUUUAGUUCAUCUUUUAUCAAGAGCAAUUACUGAGCAAAUGUGAGACACCCCCUCCCCUUGCUAAGAGUUGGUGGCGGUCCCUAACCCUCCCACGACGGCUUUCCAAAUUGGUACUGUGGGUGCACUGGGAAUUCCACAGCUUUUGUAAUUGACACGGGUGUGGUUGUGACUUGUGUUUCUGAAUAAUGCCUGGCGCCCUUCCUUCUCAUGUCUAAGCCCCCCCAGGGGCGGUGCUCCCAUCUGCGCUGCACACUCACAAGGUUUCUGUUGUGGAUGGAUGCUUGGGAGUAGCGCAUCACCGUCUGCAACACCUGACAUGAAAGGUUCAGAUCUACAGUUGUCUCCUCCAAGACCCCGUUGGUUGCAAAACACGGGAGGUUUAAAGGCUCUGAGCCGUGCUCAGUGGGGCCAGCAGCCGUGCACUGCUGCAGCUCCCUGCAGGAGGCCCACACAGCUGCUGUUGCACACUGCCAAUACUCAUUUGAACAUGUCACGGUGGAGUCCCACGAGGAGUCCACUUCAACCAGGGGCUAAUUAUUUUGGCAGCGGAGUGCAGCAGGGGCCACGCCUCGGCCCCUCUCUCUUCUCACUUUUGUUCUUUUUCCACUGGCGUCAUUUUCAUCUGGUUGGGUGCUGCUGAGGCAUCACUCUUCGUUAAUCUGACAGGAAGAACAGAUGCUGCACACAGUUGUGCAAAAGUGCAAAGUGACAAGAAGCUUGUGUGGCUGAUAAAUCAGCAGCGGGCAAAAUGGCUGUGAUGAUAAAACACAAGGCAGGAAUU